GUGGCACAAGCUACACUCCAAGGCUGGGAAGAAGGAGAAGGAGCGUGGUGAGAUCCUGGUGAGCAUCCAGUUUACGCGCAACAACCUCACGGCCAGCAUGUUCGACCUAUCCAUGAAGGACAAGCCGCGGUCGCCCUUCGGCAAGCUGAAGGACAAGGUGAAAGGCAAGAAGAAAUACGACUUGGAGUCGGCCUCUGCCAUCAUCCCCAGCAGCAUGGGCGGCCUCGACAUGGAGGAUGACUACGACAUUGGGGGCAAGAAGUCCAAAGUCAAGGGCUUCUUCUUGAAGAACAAGCUGCGCAAGUCGUCCCUGACGCAGUCCAACACCUCCCUGGGAUCCGACAGCACCAUCUCUUCUGCCAGCUUGGGCUUGGCCGCAAACGUUCCCGAGGUAACCAAAUCCCCGAGCAGACACAGCAGUCUGUCCACGGAGCGCUCUGUGAAAGACUACUUGCCAUCUCCAAAGCUGACCCACAAGAGAGCAUUCAGUGACGAUGUCUCCCAAGUCAGCCCGGUCUUGGAGCCCAAAGCAAUCCAAAGCCUGACGCCAAAGAACGAUCCCGUGUCCCGGUCUUCCCUCUGCAUCAACGGGAGCCACGUUUACAGCGAUGAGCCUGCACCAAAGAGCCCCAUGUCUGUCCCGCGGAGCUCUGCGCCGCUGUCCGUGCCCAGCAUCCCCAGACGGCAGGAGGAGGGCUUCAGCUUCGCUCCCCUCCAUCCCGACUCCCAUGAGGUGCCUUGGGGGGUCAGCAACUUUGAGAGGACGCAGCAGAGAGACGAGCCCAGGUUCAUCCCGUCUCCUCCCAGCUUAGCCUUGCAAGAAGAGCUCAAGGUCUCCACGAAAGCCGUCACUCUCAGCAACCAUCUGGGCAGAGCCAAGAUGGAAGAAAACAGUCGCUUAGAGAACAAGCCGACUCAAGCUGCAACACCCAUGGUCUUCUCUACGGAGGCGACGAAGGACAAACAACCUGAGGAAACGAGGAAGGAAGAGAAGAAAGCAAAGGGCGGCCUCUUCCACCACGGGGGCAACAAGAGUGACGUGGGGAGCAAAGGCCAGGGGGAGAAAGUGGGACCCUCCCACGGCUCGUCCGUCCACGCGACGGCAGGGGGAGACGAGAAGAAUAAAACCAGCGGCUGGUUCGGUUCAAAGGAGCCCAAAGACUCCCCUCAGAAACCCAGACAUAAAGACCCGGAGAGGGAUUCUCCAGCCAAAAGCGUUUGUGUCCCCGUUCCAGAAACUACUCCCCCAUCACAAGGAGACCUUCCUCCUCCGGACGAGAAACCCGCCGUCCCUCCUCCCCUCCCGGAGUGGGACGAUACCUUCGAUGCCUUUGCGACCAGCAGGCUCAAACCAGAACUGAAGAAAGAAAACUUCUUUGCUUCGGUAGUGGCGGAGGGCAUGGCUUUCAUCGACGAUCCCGAUGCAGCCAGCCCGACGGAAAGAUCAGCCGAGCCGGCUCGCGAGAAGGGGACAAAGGUAUUUGAAAAGGCCGAUUCGCAAAUCGGCAGUGAAAUGCCUGCAGCUCUACGGUCUUGGACAAAUUUCUCCAGUUUAGAUGUGGGGGCAAACUUGGUGAGCACAACCCAGGAAGCGACCGUGAUAGAGGAUGUGCUGAGCCCUGUGUCUGCAGGGUCGAUGGGAAGGAGGAGGAAAAGCAGCACGCCUACAGUUUGGACAGCCACGUUUGCGUUGGGAAAUCCAGGGGAAAAAGAGGCUUCAACAGCACUAACUGCUGAAAAUAGCGCUAGGGAGGAAGAGGACAGUAAUGAGGAGGAACCCUCCAGUGCAGGGACGAACGGGUGGAUGACCAUAGCCACGGAAACAGUUCCUGACCUGUCAGAGAGCACCCAAAGCCUGGCUGAGCCGGAGCACGUGGGCCAGGAGAGCGCGUUCGGCCCGCGGCCGGCCUUCCUCAGUGAAGGCACCUUCGAAGCCAAGAGCGGCUCUCGCGCCGCCGCUUGCGUGUUGCCCAGAAGCACCUUCGCCUCCGAGCCCCUCUCCGAAACCCUGCUAGGCAGCAACGUGGCGGCCGUGCCCCCGCGG